GGAGGGGCGAUGAGGGUAGAAUAGCGGCACAUACGCGUUUACUUCCACUACAAGCAUGGCUGGCGGCAGUGAAACAGAUCUUAAUGGCAGAGAGGAGAACGGCCAUACCGUACGAGAGCCUUUCCUCAUCGGUGUGUCCGGAGGCACCGCCAGUGGAAAGUCUUCAGUAUGUGAGAAGAUCAUGGAGCUGUUGGGCCAGAAUAAAAUUGACCAUCAUCAACGCCAGGUGGUUAUCCUGAGUCAAGACAGCUUUUACAAGGCACUUACACCUGAACAGAAGGCCAAAGCACUCAAGGGCCAGUUUAACUUUGAUCACCCAGAUGCUUUUGACAGUGAACUUAUCAUGAAGACCCUGCAUGAUAUCCUUCAGGGAAAGACGUUGCACAUCCCUGUGUAUGACUUUGUUACCCAUUCCAGGAAGGAUGAGUUUGUGACCGUAUACCCAGCAGAUGUGGUUCUGUUCGAGGGGAUUCUCAUGUUUUACUCGCAAGAGAUUCGAGACCUGUUUCAAAUGAAGCUGUUUGUGGACACCGACCCCGACACGAGACUUUCACGAAGAGUGUUGCGGGACAUCAGUGAGAGAGGCAGAGAGUUGGAGCAGGUUUUGACCCAGUACAUUACCUUUGUAAAGCCAGCUUUUGAGGAGUUCUGUCUUCCAACCAAAAAGUAUGCAGAUGUCAUCAUCCCUCGUGGAGCUGACAACCUUGUGGCUAUUAACCUGAUCGUGCAGCAUAUUCAGGAUAUCCUGAAUGGAGGAUUCACUAAACGACAGAAUGGUUCAGUAAACGGCCAUGGAACUCCCAGACAAAGAAAGACAUCGGAGUCCAGUAGACCUCACUGACCUCACUGUGGCCCUUCCCUCUAUUGAGGAGAGGGCAGGACUGACUAAUAGCUGUGGGCAUUCCUUUUGUCCAGUGAAAAAUGAGGGGUGAAUGACUUUUUAAUUUAAUUUUUUCAGAGGGUUAUGAAGGUGCUGUGUUUUUGGAAGGUUUAAUUCCACGCUCAGUCUUUCCUGUCAGUGUGUCUAUCCGCUUUCUCAGCUACUCAGAAAAUAAAAGAAUAUGGAAUUUUGUUUUUGGUCCGACUAAAAGUAGAGACACCUUUUAUCACAGUACCAUUGGCACAAAUACUUGAAGUCUGAGCUCAGGUUGGGUAGGUUUUCCAUCUGCAAAAAAAACAAACAAACCCUAGUACCUCAUAUAUGAGGCCCUUUAUAUGUGUGAGAGUUGAGAGAGAGACUGCAUGUGAUUGUGUAAAGAUGACAGUAUGGUAGACUAGAAUGUAUGUUACAUUCUGAUUAUUAUUAUCAUGAUGCGCUAGUUUCUAGUUAAAUCUCAACUUUGUUACAUGAUUAUUUUUUAAAUAAUCAUAGUGUUUUGUUCUGUACAUGAUAUGACGCAAUUUGGCAUUUUUGUAAGUGAUUUAAAAGUGUUACAUGGGUUAUAGAAAACUCCUUCUUAGUGUUAGAAGAAAUUAUCCAAUGUUUUAGAUACAAUAUGUUAGUUUGCCAUUUUAUGGUAAACUUUUGCCAAAGUUAUACCAGUAGUGUGUUCAGUUACCAUACGAUAGCCCACAUCUAAUUAUACAUUAUGGGUUAUUUUUCCUGAUAUUAAAUUGUCAUGUGUAACGUAAAAUACCUCUGAGAAUACAGUGAUCUUCAACACUAAUAUAUAUAUACAACGCAUUUAAAUGAACUGUAUUUAGCACGUAAACCAUGCUUUAACACUGGGAAUUACUUGAAGCAUAUUUUAUUAAGUGGUUAAAAUGCCCCUCGCACUCAUGUGAUCCGUUUUUGUACCUUGAAUUUUUACCAGAUGACCUCUUUUUGGUAAUGCAGUUGGUUAUGUUGACAGGUAAUUUGUUAUGGUGAGAAUCAAAUAAAAUGAUUAAAAAUAAA